UUUUGGGAAAAAAAAGGAUUUGGGGUGGAAAUUUGGGGUAAAUUCGGGGCAUUUGGGGAAAAAAUGGGGGCAUUCGGGGGCGUGUUGGUGUUUAUGGGGGAUUUCCGGCAGGAUAUCGCGAGAUUUGGGGAAUCGCGGCGCUCGGGGGAGAAUCGGGGCGGAUUUGGGACAUUUUGGGUCAUUUCGGGGCGAUUUGGGGUUUUCCCAGAGGUCACUGCGGGUCGUGGCGCUGUGCUACGCUCCCAUUGGAUGAGCCGCGAGUCCAUCACUCCCAGCACCGCCUCAUUCUACCAAUCAACGCCGGGGGGCGGGCCCAGCGCUGCGCUGUGCGCGCUCCUAUUGAUUGAGCAGCGGGUCCAUCACUCCAAGCACCGCCUCUUCCUUUCUCUCUACCAAUCAUGGCGGAGGGGCGGCACAGCGCUGCGCUAUGCGCACUCCUAUUGGUUGAACAGCGAGUCUAUCACGCCCAGGACCUCCUCUUCCUUUCUCUCUGCCAAUCCUCGCCGAGAGGCGGCCCCAGCGUUGCGCUGUGCGCGCUCCUAUUGGCUGAGCCUCUCCUUGCCGCGUUCUGAUUGGCUGAGCUGUCGUAUUCCGGUUCCGGUCGGCGUGCGGCGCAAAAAUGGCGGCGGUGGCGGAGGCGGUGACGCUGUUGAAGGCGCUACGAGAGGAGGGCAGAAUUGAGCCCAAAAUGUGAGCAGGUGGCGGCGGUGACGGAACACGGCAGGGCGCUGCUGGGCCGCCUGAGGGAUGGGAAACUGCGCACAGACAGGGUGAGAAAUGGGGCAAAAAUGGGGGAUUUGGGGCAAAUUGGGGGAAAAAGGGGCGUUUUGGGGGUUUGGGGGGAU